AUGAAAUGUAUAGAAUACUUAUUUAUAUUCUAUAUUUUUCCCAGGUUCGAUCAAGGCAAAUCAACAAAAGGCGCGAGCAAGCUUCGGCGCGACCUCAUCAACGCAGAGAUUGCGAACCUUCGGGACCUCCUCCCCCUUCCACCGUCUACACGACAGAGGCUCUCGCAGCUACAGCUGAUGGCACUCGUCUGCGUUUACGUGAGAAAGUCGAAUUACUUUCAACAAGUUUUCAAACGCUUUGACAUCAACCAGCAAUCAUCUAACGCUCCGAACUUCGGAUUUUCAAAGGCACUAAACGGAUUCCUGAUGAUGAUGACUCAAAAUGGGAAACUGCUGUACAUAUCAGACAACGCGGCUGAAUAUCUUGGACACUCGAUGGAGGACCUUCUCAUCCACGGUGAUAGUGUAUAUGACGUGAUCGACAAGCAGGACCAACAGGCCGUCAGAUCUGAGCUGUCGAGGGCCCCGACUGACGGCGAAGAUCGAGUGUUCUUAUGCAGAAUGAAUGUAGCUCGAAAUGCACGAAGACAGAUGCGAUUUGGAGAUCAAAAGGUGGUGCUAGUUCGAGGUCACUAUGUGUCCUAUUUGCCGCUCUGCAGUCGCAACGAGCCCGUGUUUCUCGCUGCCUGCACUCCCCUUGCCAUGCCGGAGACGCGGGAAUGCGUCGUGCAUGGUGCCACCAAUGUGUUCACCACCGUCCACGCAAUGGACAUGAAGAUACUUCAUAUUGAUUCCAAUAGUGAAUGGCAUCUCGGUUGGGAACGAAGUUCAUUGCACGGCGUCAGCUGGUACCACCUCUUACAUCCAGACUGUAUUAAAGAGGCACAGAAUAAACAUCGAUUGAUAACGCAGUCCGAGCAAGAGAGGUCGUGCAUUGCACUGCUGAGGUUACAGCGACGUUGCGGCCAGUUCCUCUGGGUACACGCGGUGUUGCAGCUCAAGGACAACCUGGAAAAUUCGCAGCGACCGGUCAUUGUGUGUACCAAUCAGGUUUUAAGUGAGCAAGAAGCAGUAGUGAUGAAAGCUAACCCAUGGCUAUACCAUUAUUACGCCGUACAAUCAAAAUUGCAUUAUGGUUUAGCAUAUGAGGCAGCUACCAGAAUGUAUGGCCCACCACCUCCUGAUAUUCAAGUAUAUCCAACAAACAUGCAGUAUGCACCGACACCGCCAGUCUGCAUUAAUGGAAAUCAAGCUGUUAUGAUGCCAAAUACGAGUCUACAACCACACAUACCACACGUUGCACCACAUUUAACGCCAAUACAUUAUGCUUAUGAAAGACAUGAUAAUGGACCAGUCGAUUAUUCAGUGUCACUCCAUGAAAACAGAUAUCAUAAUUUAAGGAUGGAUGAGACACGGUCUCAGCCUAGUGCUAAAAGAAAAGCAAAGCAAUCAGACGACAAAACUCCUGUUGUGAGCUUAUCUCCACGUAUCUCUUCAUCAAAUCUUGGAGGUGACACUUUGGUUGCUAUAGCAGCGACAUCUAUUACUAAUCGGAGGCCAGGGUCAAAAAACUUUAAUAUAACCGAAACGGAAAUGAUGGAUCAGUGGAAUCCAAGUCCAACUUGGUCCGAAUCGGCAUUACAAAAAGUUCCCGAUGUUUGCCAUCAAGAUUUAAGUCCUUACGUCACAACCACACCACCAACACCUUCUGGCACGCCGUCAGCUUAUACGCAAAAUUAUAGCCAUACGUUUGUAUUUGAUUGGUCACCAGAACAGUACGUUCCUCACACUAACAAUAGAUGUAGCACAGUAACAACGGAAAGUUCCUAUCAGCAAACUUGGAAUAGAAAUCAAAGAAUGACUUUCGCUAAUAGUAAUGAUAGCUCAAUCGACGAAAAUUGUAAUCCUAAUAGAAUAAACUUACCUAUGAGGGUGAGUAGAACACCACCAGAACAUAAUACAACUAGGGAAGGUGAAACUCUUCGCAGACACAUGGAUCGCCCGCAUCCAGAUUCACCAGUGGCCAAAAAGCCUGCAUUAUAAGUUGUAGUGUUCUCAAAUUAUAGUAAAAAAAUAAUAUAUUGUUACCUUAUAAUUUUAGUUAUUUAAACUACCCACAUAAGAGGUAAAAGUUCUGGAACUCUCCUGUGAUCUAUGUGUUUUUAAGAUUAUUAUAUUGUAAUGUAAAAUGUAGACAUUGUACAAAUUUAACGUCACAUAAAAUGUGAGUAGUAGCGUAAUUUGUAUAUAUAUUUUAUGUAAAUAAUUAAAGAUUUUAAGUUUAUAGUAUAAGUUGCAAGUUAUAUAGGCAGGUCUUCAUGGAAAUAAGUACCUGUCUAAUUUUAAGUUUUUGUGCAAUUGUUAAAUAUUCGUACUUACAUUUAAUCAAAAAUAAAGAACAUAAAAAAACUUAUACACAGUGAGUAUACAAUUUUGUGAAUUUUAUUACAAACACUGUUUUUUUUUAUUUCAAAUAAUAAUAAUAAUAAAAUAAAUAAAAAAAACACAAAGUUGAUGUUAAGUGUGUCUAAAACUAUAUUAUACUGAUUCCGUCCACCAUUAAAUUUUAAAUAUUAUUUAGAUUUCUAUAAAUUAAGAUAAUUUAAUUUUCCAAAUAUUUUUAUAUUCAAUUCAAUCAAUUCCUUUCAAUCAAGUGAGAUGGUAUUGUAAAUUUAUAUUGUUAAUAGCGAAAUGUGUAAAUUUUAUUUUUAAAAUGAGUAUGAAAAUAAACAAAAAUAA